UUUCACACCUCCGUUUCAAACACAGCCAACCAGCAGCAGGACUACAAAAAUACUUUCAUUCAAAAAACCCACAAACGAGAACUUCCAGACACCGUAGGAACGCCGUUUCUACUACAAGUCGGGUGCCACUGCAAAAACCGGGCCGAAGCAGAGCUCUAUCGCCUCGGGGAAGGAGUUUUGUUUUCGUUUUCGUUUGAGAUAAAGAGGGUCUAUAGCGUGAAGCGAUAUGGCGACCGCAACCCCGAGCCGCGAGUCCAGCCGUGCGUCGGCCGCGAAGACGCCGCUGAGCCCCGCGCGGAUCUCUCGCUUGCAGGAGAAGCAGGAACUGAGCGCGCUCAACGACCGACUGGCCGUGUACAUCGACCGCGUUCGGGCGCUCGAGCUCGAGAACGACCGACUGCUCGUGAAAGUGUCUGAGAAGGAGGAAGUCAGCACCAAAGAGGUUUCUGGGAUUAAAACUCUCUACGAGGCUGAACUUGCCGAUGCCAGACGUGUGCUUGACGAAACCGCCCGGGAAAGAGCCAAACUUCAGAUCGAUCUCGGAAAAGCCAAUUCUGAGCUUGAGGAGGUCUCUAAGAACUAUAAGAAGAAGGAUGGAGAUUUGGUUAAGGCACUUGCCCGUAUCAAAGAACUGGAAGCCCAGUUCAACAAAAACGAGGCUGCACUCAACACGGCUCGUGGCGAAAACAAAUCCCUCUCUGCAGAACUGGCCGACCUGAAGGCUCAGCUCGCUAAAGCUGAAGAUGCUCACGGUGUGGCUAAGAAACAGCUGGAGGAUGAGACCUUGUUGAGGGUGGAUGCAGAGAACCGCAGCCAGAGUCUGCAAGAGGAGCUGGAGUUCAGGAAGUCUAUGUUUGAAGAGGAGGUGCGCGAGACGCGCAAACGGCAAAGUAGGCGUACGGUGGAGGUGGACAGCGGGGCGCAGCAGGACUAUGAAUACAAACUUGCGCAGGCGCUGCAGGACCUACGCAGACAGCAUGAGGAACAAGUGCAGAUUUACAAGGACGAGCUGCGUCAGACUUUUAUGGCCAAGCUGGAUAAUGCAAAGGUAUCAUCCGACAUGAAUGAUAAGGCGGUGCUCACCGCUCGCGAAGAGCUGCAGGAAGCCCACAUGAGGAUCGAGGGCCUGAACUAUCAGCUCAGUGCCUUGCAGAAACAGGCGUCGUCCGCCGAGGAGCGUAUCCGCGAGCUGGAAGGCUUGUUGGCCAGCGACAGGGAUAAGUACCGGCGACAGCUGGACGCCAAAGAGCGUGAGAUGGCUGAGAUGAGGGAGUGCAUGCAGCAACAGCUGAACGAGUACCAAGAGCUGCUGGAUGUGAAACUGGCCCUGGACAUGGAGAUUAAUGCCUACAGGAAGCUCCUGGAGGGAGAAGAGCACAGGCUGAAGUUGUCCCCCAGCCCGUCUUCUCGAGUGACGGUGUCCCGCACCGUUGCCAGCAGCAGCAGCAGUUCUUCACGUACCUCCCGUGCAAAGAGAAAGCGUGUCGAGCUUGAGGAAGGCUCCACUGGUGCCUCCAAAUUUCACAUCAGCCAGAAAGCAGAAGCCAAGGGCAGCGUCAGCAUCGAAGAAAUCAAUCUGGAUGGAAAAUCGGUCACUCUCAGGAACAGCUCCGAUAAGGAUCAAUCUCUGGGCAGCUGGCGACUAAAGAGGCAGAUCGGAGAGGAAGAGAUCACUUACAAGUUCAGCCCCAAGUUUGUCCUGAAGGCUGGCCAGACAGUAACGGUGUGGAGCGCCGAUGCCGGCGUGUCCCACAACCCCCCCUCAGACCUGCUUUGGAAGAGCCAGAGCUCUUGGGGCACCGGAGAGAAUUUCCUCACCGCGUUGAUCAAUUCAAGCGGAGAGGAAGUGGCCACACGAACCGUCAUGAAAAGUGUGGUGGAGAUAGAGAAUGGUGAUGAUGAGGAUGGAGAAUUUGGAGAUGAAGAUCUUUUCCAUCAACAGGGAGAUCCAAAGACCCGAUCCAGAGAAUGUGCCGUCAUGUGAUGCAUUUUUAACUUUUAGUAUUUUUCUUCCAGAAAUCGAGUCUUUUUGUAGAGCCACUACUUUUGUAUUUUUCAAUCAUGAUUUCUUAACUUUCAUCCCCUCUAUUUUUACGGACCUCGUUUUUAAAGCCAGUUAAUCACGAAUUGCGGCAAACAAUGCUAUUUUUCUGCCGUAUUCGUUAAUGAAUAGCCUCAGACAGCAUCAUAGGAGUUGAAACGCUUCCAAAGUGUGGCAAAAUACCAUGCGAGAAUGAGUCAAAUGAUAUGAAAUUAGAGAUUAUUUGUGUAAACCAGUGACUAAAGAAUCGGCAUGAAUCAUUUUCAUAGAUAUGCAGAUUCUUGUCAUUGCAGGUUUAUGAAUGGGGGAAUUAUUAUGGGAUGCUCUGACGGGGGCGUCUAUGCUCCUUGGUUUGUGUUCUGUAGUGCACUAUUAUAUCAUGUAACUGACAGUCGCUUAGUACACCUAUUGUUUUUGUUUUAUGCUUUGCCAAUCAGAUGAACAGGGUGGAAAAGAUUUCCGAAAGAUUACUGAUUUGCAAUACUAAAUUUUUUAUAAUCGUGUAUUUCGAUCGCUUCACAUAGUAUGAAGUGUGUUUGAAUAAGAGAAAUAAGUUGUUUUUUAGUUUGUAGAUUCGGCAACGUAAAUUUACUAAAUGCAGUCCUAGGUCAUGUUGAUGGUAAAGUUUAGGUGUCAGAUUCAAUGAAUUUAUCUGGAUGUAUUGUUUUGCAUUUAAAUUUGAGUUGAUCGUACGAUCAGUAGUCUUUCUUAGUAUCAACACUUUUACGUGAAUGUUCAGUUAGGUUAACCAAAGAGAUUGAAUAACCUUGUAAUGCUGUGUUCACACCAGUUGCAAUAGAGGCGUCAAGCGUGAGUGAUUUUAAUGUAAAGAUGCGUUUACACGUUUUGGGCGCGAAUAAGGCGUUUAGUGCGGCGCGAUAGACGCAAAUCCGCCUCAUUUGCACAUUUACUUUGCGCGAAUGAUGCGUAUUGAGCAGUGCCGCAGGAAACGCGCGAGUUGAAAAAUCUGAACUUCGGUGAAAAAUUGGGCUGGGUUAGCCAAUCAGUAACUUGCUCUAGUAGUGACGUGAUGCGAAUUUUUGCUUGAAUGUCUUAAUGACAACUAUUUCACGUGCGAAUGAAGCGAGUAAACUCAAAAUGUUCAAGCGUCCAACUACGUGUGAAUAGCGCAUUUUUGCCUACUCUACUGCGUUUGGUGUGAAUCCAGCUUUAGUGUUCAUAAAUAUUGUGAUGAAUUAAAUAAUUUCUUCAAUUUUCUUUUUCAGUUUGCUUAAAACACCUCAAAUAAAGUAAAAGUUUUGAAUUCAUAGUAUUUGUGAAAUCCACGUAAUCUUUAUCGUUCCACCCUGUUAGGUCUGUUGUGUUUUGUUUUUCGAACUGUUUUAUGUUUUA